AGAGAUCUCCAACCAACAGCGUCGCUGCAAUUGUGUUUAUUGUGGAAUCCGCAUGGUUCUUGCGAUUCUCCUCCCGUAGUCUUUUUGAUUCCUCAACACAAACUCUUGCACCCACGGCUUCCAACGCUUGCGAUACUCAUUCCGAUCAUACCAUGGACUCUAAACUUCAGGAAGCCCGUGAAACCAUGGACAUAUUGCAUGAAAUAUCGCGUAUCUUAAACACCAGUCUCGAUCGCGAAACCCUUUCGCUCUGUGUAUCCCUUUGCGAGAGUGGUGUGAAUCCUGAGGCUCUAGCUGCUGUCAUAAAAGAACUCAAACGAGAAAGCCGUGCGUUACGUGGUGAAAAUGCUAGCUAGGUAGCGGCAUCAGCGAAGGUGUUGAGGACUCUUGCUUGUAUGUAGUUUCAUCUGAAGAAGACCAACUCCUAGGGAAGGACCGGAGGGAAUCAAAGUCAAUGUACAUAGUAAUGUGGCCAAAACGAAUGGUGGAUAUAAUGGCAACUGCGCAACUUUGAGUGAUGUACAUUCAAUUGAAAUAUAACUCGAGGCGAAAUGAAAACUGGAA